AUGGAUUCCCGGGCAUUACCCGUCAUUCCGCCUGAACUGGCUCCCUUCGCUGAGAAGAUCCGCGCGACGCUGAAGGAUGCCGUCAACAUCAAACUGCACCCGGCCAAAAACUUGCAGCCGUGGCAGAGCAAAGUGGGCGGAACGCCGUACCUCCCUAAAUCAGCCGAAUACCCCCGUAGUUCUGCGGGCAGCGCGUUGCUCUUACUGGCGCAGAUCAACUUCGCCGAAACACCCCGUCUCAGCGGUUAUCCGGACAAGGGAAUCCUGCAGUUCUUCAUCGAUCCCACGGACGAUAUGAUGGGGCUGAAUCUGAAUUCCAAUGCUAGUACCACCGAACAGGAUUUGUUCCGUGUCCAGUAUUUCCCUGAUGUGACAGAAGAUGCAUCGCAGCUGCAGACCGAACUGCCGUUCCGCAUUGAGGGCGAGAACAUCGUGGACGUCGCGUCCGGGAAAGAAUCGCAGAUGUACUGGCCGCUGGAGCGAAACGUGGAGUUGGCCAUGGAGUUCCAGCCCUUCCAGCAGUACAUGACGCCCAAUGAUUACCGUCGGGAAGAGAUUUUUGGGGGUGAGACGUACGACACCCGCCCCGAGGCGUACGAGGCCUUCGAUGAGCAUCUGCGGUCAAACGGACACCAGAUCGGCGGGUAUCCCGUCUUCACGCAGGAAGAUCCCCGGACGGGCUCCAGCGAUCUGCGCGGCUAUGAGCUCUUGUUCCAGCUGGAUAGUGACGGAACGAACGGGAUCAUGUGGGGCGACAUGGGAGUGGGGAAUUUCUUCAUCCGGCCGGAAGAUCUGGAGAAACGAGAUUUUUCGAAAGUGGCGUACAAUUGGGAUUGUUGCUGA